AUGGCGACAAAAACCGAAGACAAGCGGACUCCGGACGAGAAGAAAUUGUUUGAACUGAUGGAAAAAGGUAAGGACUUGGGCAGUGUAUCACAUGAAAGUACUGUUUCGCUUCAGUUGAAAGGCAUGACUCCGCUCCAGUAUGCAGCAUUCAGAGGCAACAGAGAGUUGUGUGAAUUCUUCCUGGCAAAUGGUGCCGAUGUCAACUCCAAUUAUCACGAGAACUCCUACUCUGCUCUCAUGUUUGCUGCUCUUUCAGGCAACACAGAGGUCACGAGGCUAAUGCUGGAGGCUGGAGCAAACAUCUAUCAUGUGAACUCCGUCAACAGAACAGCCACACAGAUGGCCGCUUUUGUCGGUCAGCAUCAGUGUGUGAGUGUCAUCAACAACUUCUUUCCCAGGGAGGAGAUUGAGUACUACACCAAACCGCAAGGGCUGGAGACAGAAGCCAAACUGCCAGCAGCUGUUGCUCCCUCCUUGUGUACACUGAUCAACUUCACAAAUCUCCACCCCGUGAAGAUUUCUCUGUUUCUCCGAGAUCAUCCCCAGAUCCUAAACGAGCACAAGAAAGUGGUUAUUGUGCUCUCACGUCUUGUGGAGAAGAAUAUGAAAUCACGAGAGACCAAUGAUGUUCUGGCCAUGAAAUGCCACUUCAUUUCUUGCAUCAUCAAGUUGGCAGCCGAGGCAAAGGAGAAGGAUAAGGAACAUUCUCUGAAUACAUGGUUAAAAGCUUUAAUGAAAGGACGAGAGGAGGACGGUUUCUUGGAAUUUCAAGAGAGGCUGAUACGCCAGGCAUUGAAAGAGUUUCCCUAUGCCAGCUCAGCUUUGUUUCAGCAGCUGGUCCGCCAGAUUGCACCAGUGAAAAUUGGCAACGAACCAACAGCUCUAUCACUUCUCAUCGCGGCCAUGAAUGGGCAGCAGUUUGCCUGGGAGGCUGCCGAAGGCUGUGAUACUUGUGGCGAGCCAAAGGCUAAAUCAAAAUGCUCCAAAUGCAAGAUGGUAGCCUACUGUAACCAAGAGUGUCAGCGUCUGCACUGGCCCACCCACAAAAAGUUCUGUGACAAACUGGCAGAACGAUACCGGAAAGAAGAGGAAAGAAGGAAGAAAGAGGAAGAGAAACAAAGAGAGGAAGAGGAAAAGCGAAGACAGGAAGAGGAACAGAGAAAGAAAGAAGAAGAAAACCAAAAUGAGGAGGAAGGAAAAGAACCAGAAGUAUUGUCUGGACAGGGCGAUGCUGAUACUAAAGCCAACAAUGACAAGACAGAAGAUGGCAAAACAGAGGGAGCUGCAUCUGGUGACACAGAGAAGGAAAGCAAAGAUGGGACAAAGAAAACACUGGAUGAUGAUAGUGUAGAUAAGAGCCAUGGGGGUGUGAAUGAGAGCUGA